CAAAAAUAUACAAUUCACCUCUGGAAAAUCAACCCAUUGGCAGUGCAUUUGUCCCCAAGCCAGCAGGCAUGAGGGAGGGAAGUAGCAUGCCUCCGUGGGAUGCUUCACUGCUAGAGGAUGAGUUUUUCCAAGCAACCAACCAUAAGUGGAGAUCAAUGUACUUGGCUGCAAAAGAGAGGAGGAAUGAGGAGGGUCUGGCAUUUCUCUCUGAGAGUUCUCACACUUAUAAAGGAAGAGGAAGCCCCGUGGAGUUGGGCCAUCUACCGCCCAGUAGCACUUAUGAAAGAUAAGCAGACCUGUCCAGUUGAAAUGCCAAACACUAUUCAAAGUAGUAAUCAAAUCUCUCUCACCUAAAGAGUUAGUUCGGAUUCACAUCCCUAAACCUUUGGACAGGAAUGAUGGGACAUUUUUGAUGCGAUAUAGGAUGUAUGAAACUGUCAGUGAAGGGCUGAAGAUAGAGGUCCUUUAUGGUGAUGAACAUGUCGCUCAGUCUCCUUAUAUUUUGAAAGGACCAGUGUACCAUGAGUACUGUGAGUGUCCAGAAGAGGAUCCUCAGGCCUGGCAGAAAACUCUGUCUUGUCCAGCCAAGGAGCCACAGAUUGCAAAAGAUUUUUCUUCUUUUCCCAGCAUCAAUCUCCAGCAGAUGCUAAACGAAGUUCCAAAAAGGUUUGGGGAUGAGAGGGGUGCUAUUGUUCAUUACACGAUUCUCAGUAACCUAAUCUACCGGAGAUCUUUAGGGAAAUACACAGACUUCAAAAUGUUCUCAGAUGAGAUUUUGCUGUCACUGGCAAGAAAGGUCCUUCUCCCAGAUUUAGAAUUUUAUGUUAAUCUUGGAGAUUGGCCUUUGGAGCAUCGAAAAGUCAAUGAAACCCCUGGCCCUUUACCUAUCAUUUCAUGGUGUGGCUCUCUGGAUUCACGAGAUGUUAUCCUUCCAACAUAUGACAUCACCCACUCCACACUUGAAGCUAUGAGGGGUGUUACAAAUGAUCUUCUCUCUAUUCAAGGAAAUACAGGACCUUCCUGGAUCAAUAAAACAGAGAAAGCUUUCUUUAGAGGUAGAGAUAGCCGAGAGGAGAGGCUCCAGUUGGUGCAGCUGUCCAAAGAUAAUCCACAGCUACUAGAUGCAGGAAUUACAGGAUAUUUCUUCUUCCAAGAAAAAGAAAAGGAGCUUGGAAAAGCUAAAUUGAUAGGUUUCUUUGACUUCUUUAAGUACAAGUAUCAAGUGAAUGUGGAUGGGACUGUGGCUGCUUAUAGAUAUCCAUACCUCAUGCUUGGUGACAGUUUGGUUCUGAAGCAGGACUCACCAUAUUAUGAACAUUUUUAUAUGGCACUAAAGCCUUGGAAACAUUAUGUUCCAAUUAAAAGAAAUCUUAGUGAUCUACUAGAGAAAGUUGAAUGGGCCAAGGAAAAUGAUGAAGAAGCCAAGAAGAUUGCAAAAGAAGGACAGUUGACUGCUAGAGAUCUGCUACAGCCCCACAGGCUUUACUGCUACUAUUACAGAGUACUACAGAAAUACGCUGAGCGCCAGACCAGCAAACCCGAAAUACGUGAUGGAAUGGAACUUGUUCCUCAGCCGGAUGACAGUGCAUCUAUCUGCCAGUGCCACAGGAAAAGGCCUUUAAGAGAAGAGCUUUAAGUCAGCCCAUAUUCACACUCCUGUAUAUGCCGGCAACAUCUUUCAUGGCAGCAUCCAGAUGGAAUCUAAGCUGUGAAGACUGUGAAGACAGCCUGGAAGACUGUAUGCAGGGGACUGCUUCUCUUGGUGGCUUCAUAUAAUGUGGAUGGAUAGAGCAAUAUUAGAGCAAGUAUUACCAAAUAUCUUAGGAUAUUAAUAUCUUUUGAGUAAACACUGCUAUUAUCAGCAUCAUAGUUUCUCUGAAAAGAAAACUUGGGGAUCAUAGUAGAUAGAGAGGAUUGCCAAAAUAUAAAUAACUCUGUAUGAAACUGUUUACAUUGUAUUUAUUGGUUUGUUUCUAUCCCUUGUUCACUUUCCCUCUUCCCUUUCCAAUGAUGAAGAAAAAAUAUUUUUGCAGGGCUUUUUUUACCCCCUCACUGCAUAACUUCUCCUCCUACAAGCUGCUUUUGGCAUUCAGUAAUAGCAGGUUUCCUCUUGGAAGGUCUGAUAUGAAUAAUGAAGGAAGAUGAGAAUGACUCUGUUAUUAAAGGUAGCUUGGAGACUAUGAAGGGAAGUUAUUUUAAAGCUCAUUCAUAUCUUUUUAAAAGUUUUACCAAGGGCUGAGACAAAAUUAAGGAGAGGUAGUGCCUUAAGCUAGUUAAUUCCCAGUCUAUCUGAGUUGGACACCCAUCAAGGACAACACAGUUAUUAAAGUAGAUGACAGCAUCCUAUCGGUAUCUUCAUUAUCUAUGUAUUGAAUAGAUAAAUGAUAACUGUAGUCAGAUAGGGAUCUUUAAUUCUUUUUAAUCUUUAAAAGGGAUACUUGAAAAACCUCUGAAACAAGCUGCAGGAAGCCUGGUAUCUUGGGAUUCACUAAUAAACUAAUGACAAAAGCAAGCAUCCAUUCUUUACUGCACCCCUCCUCUAUUUCACUGUGCUGUAUUGCUAAGAUAAAAACUUUGGAAAUUUCCUUUGCCUUUUAGGACAGGGUGAAGUCUUAAGACCCAGAAAUUCAUUACACGUUCCUUGUAAUACCACCAAUAUGAGAUUCAAUUCAUUAAGAACACACUCCCAAAGCAAGAAAUAUCCACACUCCAAUUUAAAAAUAUUUACUCUCCUGAUUGAAAUAUUUACUUAACCUGGAAGACAAUGUAACCACUUUAAAAUAGUCAUAUCUAUUCUUUACUGAACAUUACUAGGGACACAGAAUUUUUUUAACUAGACAAAAGCAAAAGCACAUUUAGUAACAGUGUAAUCAAAGCCAAGUAUCCAUGGAAAACACUAAUACCCACCAGUUGUUCAAAAGCACAAGUGCACAAGUAUAAAAUAAAGGGCAAGCUGUACAGUGACCAGAUCCUAAGGAGAAGAGGGGUGUGACGAUAUGUAAGUUAAUAUAAUAACUACAUUUGUCAAAAUAAGCUAUCAAUAUUUUGUUUUUAUUAAUAAAAUGUUGGAAACACCUUAAAUAGCCAUCAUGAGGGAGCUAGCUAAAUAUAUAGCUAUACAUCAAGGAAUACAGUACAACCAUUAAAAGUAAUGAACUAGCUCUAAAUGCACUAUCAAUCAUGAAAGAUUUCCAUGACAGUGUUCAGUGUAAAAAGCAAAAAGCAAGUUACAGAACAACACAUAUAAUGUGAAAACAUUUAUGUAAAAAAAUAUAUCCAUGUGAUUGAAAGUUUAGAAGGAUAUUCACCAAUAUCUGAGGAAAAUGGAGAGAAGGGAAUUUUUACUUUUUGUCUUAUACCUGUCUAUGAUAUUUAAAAUGUUUUUACUGUAAGUAUGGAUCAGAUUGGAAAAUAAAGAAAAAUACAAACCUAGGAAAAGAAAAUAAAUGCACAAAAGAUAUACAUAGGAAAAUAAAAUGGAUAUUUAUAUUUUCCAUUAUGCUAUUUUUAAAUCUACUAUGUCUAGAAUUUUAUAUCA